CUUUGAGAGGCGGAUUCCAAGAUGGCGGCGCAGCCGAGGUGCUGCGACCAGGCCUAAGGGAGCCGAUGCGAAGCGGCCGUCUUGGAGGGCUUCAAACCCGAAAGCGGCCCCUGGGAAGAGGCAGUUAGGUGCCCGAGGCGGCGGUGAGGCGUAUCAUAAUGGCCCCAGCCUCCGAGAGGCUGCAGUUCCGGUUUCCCGGAUACGGCGAUGGCGUUCUGCACCGCAUGGACCAGCUGCGGGAGCAGCGACGCUUCUGCGACGUGACGGUGCAGGUGAACGAGCUGCGGGUUCCUGGCCACCGCGUGGUCUUCGCGGCCUGCUCCCCUUUCCUGCGUGACCAGUUCCUGCUCAACGAUUCCCAAGAGGUGACGGUCUCCCUCUUCCAGAGCCCGGAGAUCGGGCGCCAGCUUCUGCUGUCCUGCUACACGGGGUGCCUGGACGUGCCCAUCAAGGAACUGGUCAACUACUUAACGGCGGCCUCCUUCCUGCAGAUGGGCCACGUGGUGGAACGGUGCGCCCAGGCCGUCUCCCACUACCUGGUCCCGAAGGCAGACGCCCUGCUGCAGGAGAAGCAGGAGGAGGAGAGCAGUGAGCAGCAAGACGGAGAGGAGGAGGAGGAAGAGGAGGAGGAAAGGGAGAAGCAGCCCUCUUCCACCCCGGGCAAAGCAGACUGUGAAGAAAGCAAAAUGGCAGCCGUGGAGUUCACCCCCCGCAGUUCCCACGGCCCCGCCUCUCCCGCCAUUUCCCUCUCCCUCAUCAACUCCGCCGUGGAGAUCACCCGCAGCUACCUGCAGGGUUGCUACGACGACGAGAUGGGCAGCAAAGGGCUCCCCUUCCCCUCCGCGACCCCCUCGCCCGCUUCUCAGUGGAGAAACUACCCCUUGCACCGCCACCGCCCGGCUAUGAACUACCGGGAGUGGAGGACGGGCAGCGGGGUGGCCUCGUGGAAGGUCCCGGGCUUGGAGCGGCCGUACCGCUGCCCCCGUUGCAGCCGGGUGUUCCAGCAGCUGGGCCACCUGGUCAGCCACGUGCAAGAGCACAAGCUCUUCCUGUGCCUCCGCUGCGGCAAAGUCUUCUCGCAGAAGAGCAACCUGACCCGCCACAUCCGGGUCCACACGGGCUUCAAGCCCUUCCAGUGCCCCAUCUGCCGCAAGUGCUUCACCCAGAACGCCACCCUGCAGGACCACCUCAACCUCCACAGCGGCAUCAAGCCCCACAAGUGCAACUACUGCGAGAUGCACUUCACGCACAAGCCGGGCCUGCGGCGCCACCUGAAGGAGCUGCACGGGAAGAGCACCGUCCAGAACAGCCACGAGGAGAUCGAGGAGGUCACCAUCGACUUCGACGUGCGGGGAGGACACGCGGAGGGCGGCUACAGCCUGAACGGCAGGUUCUUCUGCGAGCCGAAGGGGGGUCUUCCGGCCCCGGCGUCCUCUCUAUGAGAAACGGCAAGACCGACCCUCCUAGGAGAUGUGUAGUAGUAGUUGUCGGGGAGCUCCGGCUGCCGGCCCGAUUGUUUGUCAAGUAGUAAGGCAAAUGACCUGGAGUAGUGAGAUGUCAGAAAUAUGGAUGGAGCUGUGUGUUCUCUGUAGAAAUCGCCCGGCUACUGGAUGCUGCCAGCUGGCGGCUGCCUUGGCCGCUGUCCGGACGUGUUUGCUUUUCCCCGAGCUGCUCCACCUUUUGAGGUGAGAGGAAGCAACUCGCCAGGGACUCUGGGGUGCCUCCGCGCCCCCCAUCUCGGAAGGGCAGCCCCCGCGGAGCCACGCUGCUCCUCUUCUACGCCUCCCGCUCCGAACGGCGGACUUUGGUGAAGGAGAACUUUGCGGUGGGCGGGCGGCCACAGAGCCUCCUCUUGGAUUUUCCUACCUCAAGCACUUGAAGGUCUCACGUCAGUCUUAACUUCGGGAGAACCGAAGGACACAGACACGUGCGAGAGAGAGAGAGGCGGCGUUCGAGAAGGAGCGGGCCCGUUUGCGAAUUAACGUCGGUUGCGUCCGCGGGUGUGGCGUGCAGUGCAAACGAGGGGCCCGGGGGUCGUGGGAACGCUCGUCUCUCUUAAUAAAAGGAUGCAACUCGUCGCCAGAGUUAACAAAAACGUUCAAAACAGCCAGUGUGAUGCUGAUUUAUUUGAAGAGGGAAUUAUGGGAGGGAGGAGGCAUGAUAGGCAGUUUAUUCCCAACCCAUUGAGAGGUAGGGAGUCUGUGUGUGUGUGAACUCAAUGAAAGAUAGGAAGUAUGCGUGUGCCUGUUUAUAAUCCCAACCCGUUGAAACACAGAUAGUCCUUCAUUUACAACGAUCCAUUUAGUGGCCAUUCAAAGCUAACGGCACUGGGGGGAAAAUGACGGCCAUUUUUUUUCACUCGGCUUCGGGCUGCUGGGGGGAGCCUAGGUGAGCACAACACAAAUUGGGGGGAAACUCACUUAAAUUUUCACUUAACAUAAAUAUUGCGCUCAAUUGUGGACAUAAAUCGAGGACUCUGGCUUUCUGUCUAAGCCUCUGAGGAGAACCUUUGCUCUGAAACUGUCCCUCCCUUCCCAAUGGCUUCUGUGCCCCAUUAUGACUCUGAUCACCCCAUCCCUUAGCAAUAGCAAU